CAUUUUGAACUGUCUGUGGAUGGUGGGUGUCGGAAGGGUGGGAAGACUUGUCGGGGAGGGUGUGUGAGUGAGCGAACAAGCCGGAACGUCUCGGUCUCACGAUUCAGUUUCUUCAUUUGAGAGACUGCUUGCACGAGUCAUAACCUGACAAACAAGCCCGGGAAUCCCUCUAGCCAUGGCAGGAGCUGGAGGUGGGAGCAAUGAUGUGCAGUGGUGCUUCUCACAGGUGAAGGGGGCCAUUGAUGACGACGUUGCCGAAGCCGACAUCAUAUCUACUGUGGAGUUCAACCACUCAGGGGAGCUGCUAGCCACAGGAGACAAAGGUGGCAGGGUAGUCAUCUUUCAGCAGGAAAUAGAGAAUAAGAGUCAGCCACAGUGUCGUAGUGAGUACAAUGUUUACAGUACUUUCCAGAGCCAUGAGCCCGAGUUUGACUACUUGAAGAGUUUAGAGAUCGAGGAAAAGAUCAACAAAAUCCGCUGGCUGCCCCAGAAGAACGCAGCUCAGUUCCUGUUGUCCACAAACGACAAAACCAUAAAGUUGUGGAAGAUCAGUGAACGAGACAAGCGACCAGAGGGCUACAACCUGAAAGAGGAGGAUGGACGCUACAUAGACCCCAACACUGUCACUGCACUUCGACUCUCUAGAAACGAGUAUUGCACACACCAACAAAAAUCUGAAGAUGGUGCUGGACCAGCUGACAAAAAUAAAGAGGGACAGUUUGAUAAAAUCCAGGUGCCUGUGUUUAGACCCAUGGACCUCAUGGUGGAGGCGAGCCCUCGCAGGGUGUUUGCCAAUGCGCACACCUACCACAUCAACUCCAUCUCCAUCAACAGUGACCAUGAGACGUAUCUAUCCGCAGACGACCUGCGCAUCAAUCUCUGGCACCAGGAGAUCACAGACCGCAGCUUCAACAUUGUGGAUAUAAAGCCAGCCAACAUGGAGGAGCUGACAGAGGUGAUUACAGCAGCUGAGUUCCAUCCACACCAGUGCAAUACCUUUGUCUACAGCAGCAGCAAGGGCACCAUCCGCCUCUGUGACAUGAGGGCAUCUGCACUAUGUGACACGCACUCCAAAUUGUUCGAAGAGCCGGAGGACCCCAGUAACCGUUCCUUCUUCUCUGAGAUAAUCUCUUCCAUCUCAGACGUCAAGUUCAGCCACAACGGGCGCUACAUGAUGACCCGGGACUACCUGUCUGUCAAGAUUUGGGACCUGAACAUGGAGAGCAGGCCCGUGGAGACGUACCAGGUUCACGAGUACCUCAGGAGUAAGCUGUGCUCGCUCUAUGAAAACGACUGCAUUUUCGACAAGUUUGAGUGCUGCUGGAACGGAAAUGACAGUGUGGUGAUGACGGGCUCAUACCACAACUUCUUCCGGAUGUUUGACCGGGGCCAGAGGCGGGACGUGACCCUGGAGGCGUCCCGGGAGGGCAGUAAGCCACAGCAGGUCCUGAAGCCCCGCAAGGUGUGUGCCGACGGGAAGCGGAAGAAGGAUGAGAUCAGUGUAGACAGCCUGGACUUCAACAAGAAAAUCCUCCACACUGCCUGGCACCCUCAGGACAAUGUCAUCGCUGUGGCAACCACCAACAACCUCUACAUAUUCCAGGACAAAGUGAACUAGAUGUUUUCUGUGAAGGCAGACAUCCACUACCUUCAGCCUUUAAUUUUAGUCAAGAACAAAAUGUGUGACAACAUCGCCGUCAACAACAACUAACCUGUCAUUGGACAAAAGAGACUUUGCCAUGUUUCCAGGUGUGGGAAACUGAAACCAUAUUCUUGCCCACCAUCAGCCUCUGUGGCACAGUGACGUGUCACUCACCAUGAUAUUGUUUUGGUGGUGAUGUGCCAAUCUGUGUGUUGGCUGCCCAGUAUUGCCCAGCCCCAGGGCAACAUGGGUAACUUGUUUAAUUUAUAUGUAUGUCUGACAAGCACACUUUCUUUGGGGUGGGGGUCGAGGGCGAGUAGAAAAACCAACACUCUGAGAACCAUCCCUGCCCCUUCAGCAGCACCUCUCAUUGUCUGGUGCCAUAGUCAUGUUUUUUUUAUUAGUCAACUGCCAAACUGUUCUGUUUUAAUUCAAUUACAAGAACUGGUGUUCUGUU